AUGUCUGCUCCAGGAGCAGACCCGUACGAUAGCCGUCUACGACUGUGGCGCCAGUCGCGCCGGUGGAAACCCCCUGGCACCGCGGAUGACGUCAAAGUGGCCGGUCAGCCACAUAUAACCACCGGGGCGCAGUCCCCAGUCACAGUGUUAGUGCAUCGUCCUCCUGGAAGUGAGCUCAAAAUGGAGGCUAAUACGACGACCGUUGUGUCAAUAAUGGCGGCUCAGCUUCAGUUUGGCCUGAUAGAGUACCUGAUCUUCGGAGCUCUACUGAGCAUGUCUGCCAUGAUCGGAAUCUACUUCGGCUGCUGCAGCGCUCAGAACACCGUCUCUGAAUACCUUUUGGGCGGCAAGAAGAUGGGGAUUCUGCCUGUGGCGCUGUCAAAUGUUGCCAGCCAUGUGUCUGGGAUAACCCUCCUGGGAGUUCCAGCAGAGAUCUACCUCUAUGGGACACAGUACUACCUCAUCAUAGUCAGCAUGGUGGUCGUCUCCUUCUUGGUCAUCUUCUGCUACAUCCCUGUCUUCUAUCCCCUACAGCUCAACUCUGCUUUCCAGUAUUUGGAAAUGAGGUUCAAUUCAAAAGUUCGGAGUAUGGGGUCAUUCAUAUUUGCUGUUUCAUUGAUUGUCUACAUCCCAAUAGUGAUCUAUGUCCCAGCGCUGGCCUUUAAUCAAGUUACGGGGGCUUCAGUACAUGUAAUCGCUCCAAUCAUCUGCCUCGUUUGCAUAUUCUACACAACUCUGGGGGGACUCAAGGCAGUAGUUUGGACUGAUGCUCUCCAAAGUAUUUUCAUUGCUGUGUCAAUCACCUCCAUCUUAAUUUUGGGAACUUCACAAAUUGGAGGAUUCUCAGAAGUGUUUCGGAUAGCCAAGGAAGGUCAUCGGCUGGAAUUGUUGAAUUUUGAUACUGAUCCAUUUGCAAGAAACACAUUCUGGACAGUUAUCAUCGGAACUCAGUUCUUCUGGCUCUCCAACUUUGCAGUGCACCCAGGCUCAGUGCAGAAGUUUAUCUGUGUUCCAUCCAUGAGAGGUGCCAAAAUUGUCAUGAUCAUCAGCUGUGUUUGCAUCAUCGGAGUCAUCAGCAUCACUUCUUACAUUGGUCUGCUGAUAUUCGCCAAGUAUCAUGAUUGCGAUCCAGUUGCCACUAAGAUGAUCCGAAAAUCUGGACAGCUGUUGCCAUACUAUGUCAUGGAUGUAGCGAGAGAUGUCCCUGGCUUAACGGGACUUUUCGUGUCUGGAGUUGUCAGCGCCGCUCUUAGUACGAUGUCUGCCAGUCUAAACACAGUGUCGGGGACGCUCUAUGAAGACUUUAUCGCACCUUACUACAAAAAGUCACCCAAGUCUGAUGCCACAGCUUCCCUGCUGAUGAAGCUGAUAGUGCUGACUGUGGGAGGAUGCUGCGUGCUGCUCAUCUUUGUUGUGGAGAGGCUUGGAGAUCUUAUGCAGAUGGCAAUGAGUUUGACCAGUAUCACUCAUGGUCCGAUGAUCUACAUAUUCUCUGUCGGACUCUUCUUUCCAUGGGUCAAUUCUAACGGAGCGAUAUGGGGAGCGAUAUCCAGUCUGACAUCUAUGGCUGUCCUUGUCGGAGGGUCCCAGUUAUACGUGCUCAUGGGGAAAAUAAGAUUUCCGGGGAAAAUCACGACUGUUGACCAAUGCCCUCUGGACAUUGCAAUAAACAAUUCCACGAUGGCCUAUCUCAGCAGCUACACAGGGCCGAGCUCCCUUGUUGAGGCAGACUCGGAUGUUCCCCAGAUGUUCCAGUUGUCCUACAUGUACUACUGCACGAUGGGGACUCUAGUCGGCCUCGUAAUCGGCUUCCUGGUGUCCUACCUCACCGGAGGCCAAUGUCUGGACACUCUGGACAGGCGGACCAUAACACCGUGGAUGCGAGGGUUCCUCCCGACCGAGAAACCAAAACUGGCACAAGAGGAACUUAAACUCCUCAACGGCAAGAGCAAAGUGACCAUCGUUAAAGGGAUGAACAAUGUUUAGAACAUUAAUUUUGAAAGUUAAGAGUAGAUUUUACGGACAAAUGUGAUAUCUAGACACCAAAGGGGUUUUCAAAACUCAAAAUUAGUAUCCUGUGGUCAAUCCUUACAACAGGAAAAUAAGUUAAGUCUCCUUUAUCCAGGAUAAAAUAUUCCUCAAUCUGAUGUAUUUUGAGAUUGAAGAAUAUCUUGAAUUUAAAACAGUCAAAGAAGUACCAGAUUGUGUACAAUCUAUUUCCUUGUGUAUUGUGUAAUACCAUUGACUUUUGUAUCUAUACUGAAUAUUCUAUCAAUAGUCAAUGGUAAUACUGUAUAUACAGGACAAGCAAUAAAGGAGGAAAUAAAAUUCAUUUUAUGUUCUUAAACUAUCGGUGUGUCUACCAAUUAAAAAAUACAGAAGAAUGCAUAAGGAAUGCAGUCUUGUAUAGUUUUAUUAAUAAUGUGUACAUGUGUAAAUAAUAAUUUUAUUUGAAAGAGUAUUAGUGCACUCUUUAUAAUGUGUGUUUUUAGUUUGUAUAUGUCAUAGUUAUAGGUAAUGCUGGUGAAUUUGUUUUCAUGUCUCCUAUAAAGAGCCCAAAUGUAGUUAUCAUUAAGGAGCUAACUGAUCGGGAUUAACAAGAAUAUUUUUAACAUCAUACACCAAUUCUAAUCAUUACAGCAACAGAUUAUGUAUACUUUAAAAAUUACCUUUUGAUUUACCUUUAAAAAUACUAUAAAUGUUUAAUCUUCAGAAAUAUUUUUCAUAUUUUCCAGUAUCUGUAGUAAAAUAAACAAAUUUGAAAUAAAACCAACCGAUAUAUACUUUAGUUUUGACAAAGAAAAGCAAAACCUAAGCAAAAAUGACUGUCCUCGUGCUGUGAUCUUCAUAAGUUGUAAAUAGUGUAAAAUAUAGAAUAGUUGGAAUACAAAUAAUGUUAUGAAAUAAGUAUUACUGUUACUGAAAAUAAAUGUUUUGUAGAAAAAUG